UCGCGUGAGUAGGGAAGCCCAAUAGCCCACUCAUCUACUACGUUUAUUUUGAAACGCUUUCCCCGCGAAACAGCAAAUACAAACUAACCUUUCCGGUUUCCCCCCUAAUUAUUAUUGUUGUAAUAAUAAUAAUAAUAAUAAUGAGUCUAGACACUCUAUUUGAGCACAUUUUAUUGACAGAGCAGCAGGUUUCAGAAAAUAUCAAGCAGCUUCAUGAAGUUAAAGCUGCCAUCAAGAGUGUACAGGACAAAAUAAACUCCUCACGUGAAAAACUGGAGGUAGCACAUCGUGAACUGGAUGAGAAGGAGGACAGAACCGAGGACACGUCAUCCGCAGACAAUGAUGUAUCCAGCCGGACAUCAAAUGGAUCUGACCCUAAUGUUUGCGUUUGGCAGUCUCAGCUCCUGGCUGAAACCAAACUGCAGUUUGUAUUGAUGACAAAGCGACAAGAUCAGCUGGAAAGGCAGAAAGAGGAACUCCUUGGACUGCAGAGAGAUCUCAAAGAAAACCUGGACAGACUGAAAAGAGAAUCAUGUGAAGAAAGAGAGAAAUUCUUGAAGGACAUGAUAACUUUCAACAAUGAAUUCAACCUAAUCAGCAACAGAAAUGCUGUUUUUCACACCCAAACCCUAUCUAAAAUCCAGAGCUUAGAGCUUGAAGCUCAAACUCUACACAAAGAGAUGGACUUGCUGAAGCAAAAGAACACUUUGCUAAGCUCCAUGAAAGAAGAGAAAAGGUCACUAGAAGCUGAGCUCCAGGAAAUACAAUCACAGCUUACAGAUACAGAGAGAAAUCUGAAGGAAGCAGUAGCUCUGACAGAGAGUUUGAAGACAGAGAGGCUCAUGGUCCGUCAGAAACCCUUGACAGACAGCACCUGUAUUAGACUCAAGAAAGAGCUGGAGUUAUAUAAAGAAGAAGAGCUUGAGCUUCUGCGAGAGACCCUCAGCUCUGAGAUUCACUCCAUGCAACUGAAGUUAUCACAGAAGGGCAUAUUUUGUUGAGAGUGCUUCAGUGAGACUUCAGCGUGUGCUUCAAACACCCUCUGUGUUUUGUAGGCUUUUAAAUGGUUUUAUUCAGUUGGUCAUAUACUUCAUGUAGAGUUUAAACAAUAUUGUAACAAUUAUAGAUUAGAUAUUGCUUAUUUGUACUAUUAAAAAAGUUUAACUAAACAUGCUCUUUCUAGAGUAGAAAUGUUCUUCUUAUUAGAUGCCUGUCUUCAUCUCACGCAAGACAUUGAUUCUGUGUUAAAACAGUCACACUGCAGUUUUAUCUAAAAUGUUGAUAAUACUGACAUCUAGUGGUUUUGUUGCAACAAUUCAUCCCCAUAGAGAACAUUUGAAUUAGUUUUUAUCUAUGCUUGCAAAUAGACUAAAUUGCAUUCAUCUAAUUUCCAAAAAUAGGUUGCUUCUUGGUUAUUAAAUAUGUCA